AUGACUUUGGGACCGGCAAAGAGAAAGAGGAUUUUGACCAAAUUCCGAAAGGUCGUUCUUGAGUUAGGUCGACAACGACUUGGUCGAGAUUUGGACAUGGCGAAUGACGGACCUGUUAGUCUUCUCGAACUCAAGAAACGAGACUCUACCCAAACAAUAACAUCUACAGAAGAUGUUCUUGAAGAGUUCCGAGAAAUGGGCCGAACGAGCUCUGGCGACGAAGAAAUCGAGAGAAUGAUUUUCGAUCGAUCUAAGACUCCACAAGGAAAUCUCGAUAGACAGCGAUUUAUUCGAGUCAUUAGGCGCACUGGCUUGCAGCUGGAUGACCCUCGACUUUAUGACGUUCGCCGCAACAUUGAUGAGUGCCACGACUACAUUGUCAAUAACCUCGACGGAGACGAUGCUCAUGGUAUCGACUUCCUAACCUUCCGUGGCGUCAUUUCGAACAGCCAGGAAAUUCUCUACCAAGCGAUUCAGAAUCAAUUUGAAAUCGCCGACUUCCCCACCUUCCUCGGUGAUAUUCGACAAAUGUACGACGAAACUUGGGGUCAGUGCAAAGGAGAUUUCACUACGUACACACAGUACUUGAAAGAGUAUCAUUGUGAUGAUGAGUGGGCAGUGUCUUUCUGCUCUGUUGAUGGACAAAGAUGCGGAUUCGGGUCGAAAAAGAAGAUGUUCACCAUGCAGGCCCUCAUGAAUCCGUUCCUCUACGCAAUGAGUUUGGACGAGCUCGGUCACGAAAAAAUCCAUGCGAUUGUCGGCCAAGAAACCUCUGGCGGCCAAUUCAAUGUCAUCAAGCUCGACGACCAAGGCCGACCUCACAAUCCUAUGGGCAACGCUGGUGCGAUUCUGCUUUCUUCUCUUUACAAAGAGGAAAUGAACAAGUCUGAUCGACAUGGAUCAUUCUUGGACUUUAUGAGACAAGUGGCGGGCAUUCAAGCAGACGAUGAAAACGCAGUUAGUUUUGAUUAUGCUGCGUUUAUGUCCGAACGAGAGGAUUGCCAUCGAAACUCUUCAAUUUCAUAUUAUCUUCGAGAAAAAGGCUGCAUCGCCAGCAAGAAAAACGUCGAACAUGUGCUCGAUGUCUACACUCAAAUGUGCAACGUCACUGUCAACUGUGACUCACUCUCUGUCCUUGCUGCUACUCUUGCAAAUGGCGGUAUCUGUCCAAUCACCGGCCAACAGUGCUUCUCCAACGACUCGGUCAAAUCGACUCUUUCUUGCAUGCUUGCCGCUGGUAUGAACGACCACUCUGGUAUCUGGGCUUUCGAAGUCGGCCUUCCUGCCAAAUCUGGAAUCAGCGGAGGAACAAUGAUCAUCAUUCCCAACUUCGGUGGUUUUGCUCUUUACUCUCCAAAGAUUGACAAAUCUGCCAACUCUAUCAGAGCACUUGAAUUCGCCAAAUUGCUCAACGAGAAAUUUCACUUCCAUGAGUACGAUCCUGUUCGAUUGGCUCACGAUUUCUCCAACAGUACUGAAUCAGAAACCGUGCAGCUCAUUAAAUUAAUGGUCGCAGCCGAAACAAACGACCCCGGAUACGAAGACGUAACAUGUCUCCACCUCGCUGCAGCGAGAGGUCACGUGGAAGCUGCUCAAUUCCUCAUUAACAAAGCUGGCGUUCCGGUCGAAGCCGAGGACCAAUAUGGUCGUACUCCGAUGGACUACGCUAUAAAAUGCCAGCAAAAAGAUGUCAUCGAGUUUCUUCGUAAAUCGAUCAAAAUUCCAAGCCGAAAUCACUCCGUCUCGUCCCCACCCCUCACUGGGCCACUAAUCGACGACGUGCGAAAGAAAGCAGAAGCUUUGACAAUUCACUCGGAAGACGACGAAGAGAACUCCGUCGGUGUCCUCGACUACUGA